CGGGUCCUGGCCUCGCCGCUGCGGCGUCUGCCUCUGGCGGCGACGGUGGAGCGAGCGGCCAUGGAGGCGGGCGCCGGGGCCGGCGCGGGCGCGGCGAGCUGGAGCUGCCCCGGCCCAGGUCCCACAGUGACCACUUUAGGGUCCUACGAGGUGUCUGAGGGAUGUGAGAGGAAGAAGGGCCAACGCUGGGCGUCCCUGGAGCGGCGGGGGAUGCAAGCUAUGGAGGGGGAAGUAUUACUCCCAGCUCUCUAUGAGGAGGAAGAGGAGGAGGAGGAGGAGGAAGAAGAGGUGGAAGAAGAGGAAGAGCAAGUGCAGAAAGGUGGCAGUGUGGGCUCCCUGUCAUUGGGCAAGCAUCGGGGCCUGAGCCUCACGGAGACAGAGCUGGAGGAGCUGAGGGCUCAGGUGUUACAGCUGGUGGCAGAGCUGGAAGAGACCCGAGAACUGGCAGGGCAGCAUGAGGAUGACUCCCUGGAGCUGCAGGGGCUCCUGGAAGAUGAGCGGCUGGCCAGCGCCCAGCAGGCAGAGGUGUUCACCAAGCAGAUCCAGCAGCUCCAAGGUGAGCUGAGGUCUCUACGGGAGGAGAUUUCCCUGUUGGAACAUGAGAAAGAAAGUGAACUUAAGGAAGUAGAACGGGAGUUGCAUUUGGCCCAGAUGGAGAUCCGGAAUCUGCGACAGGCCGCAGAGGAUUCUGCGACUGAACAUGAGAGUGACAUAGCGUCCCUGCAGGAGGACCUCUCCCGGAUGCAAAAUGAACUUGAUGACAUGGAGCGCAUUCGGGGAGAGUAUGAGAUGGAGAUCACCUCCCUCCGUGCAGAAAUGGAAAUGAAGGCCUCUGACCCGUCCAAUAGUUACAGCGUCUCGGAUUUCUCUGAAUUGCAAGAAGAAUUGCAGCAACUGCGGGAACGCUACCGCUUCCUGAACGAGGAGUACCGGGCCCUGCAGGAGAGCAACAGCAGCCUCACAGGGCAGCUUGCAGAUCUGGAGAGCGAGAGGACACGAAGAGCAACAGAAAAGUGGCUGGAGUCCCAAACACUGCGGAGUAUGGUAUCAGUAGAGUCUCAGACUACAGAAACGGAUUUCCUAGAGUCUGACUCGGAAACCCAGUUGUUGCGACAGCAGCUGCUGGGAGCGGAGGAGGAGAUGCAUGACAUGCGAAACAAGUGCAAGGAAAUGUGUUGUGAGUUGCAAGAGCUACGGCAUCAUCGCCAGGCCAGUGAGGAGGAGCAGAGGCGGCUGCAGAGGGAGCUCAAGUGCGCACAGAAUGAGGUGCUUCGGUUUCAGACUUCCCACCAUGCCACCCAGAACGAGGAGCUGAAGACCAGACUCUGCGCCCUGCAGCAAAAGUACGAUACUAGCCAGGAUGAGCAGACUGAGCUCCUGAAGGUGCAGCUCCAACUUCAGGCUGAGCUCCGGCAGCUCAAAGUCAUGAAAUGCACAGUUGUAGAAAGCCAAAGUGAGAAGGAGUUACUGUGCCGGCUCCAUAAGCUGCAGCUGCAGUAUGAGAAUGUCACGGGUUGUAAGGAUAAGCUGCUGGAGGAGCAGCUACAGCUGCAGGAGGACCUGCAGUACCACAAGGCAGAGGUGCAGCGCCUCAAGGACAUCUCGGACUGCUUCCAAGAGAGCAGCGAGAAGAACGCAGAGAUGCAGGCCCGGCUUCAGGAUAUGAAGCAGCUGUACCAGACCAGCCAGGAUGAGCUGGAGCGGCAGAAGCACAUGUAUGAUCAGCUGGAGCAGGACUUCCUGCUCUGCCAGCAGGAGCUGCAGCAGCUCAAGACCACCCAGCCCAUCCCAGAGGAUGAAGGAAAGUGUGCUAAUAAGUGCGACGCCUUGCUCUCCAGACUGACAGAAUUGCAGGAAAGGUACAAGGCCAGCCAGAAGGAGAUGGGGCAGCUGCAGACGGAGCAGUGCGAGCUCCUGGAGGAUCAGAGGAGGUUGCAGGAGGAGCAGGGCCAGCUGCAAGAAGAGCUGCACAGGCUCACGUUCCCGCUACCCAAGUGUGGUCUUCUCCAGAAGAGUCAGGAGCUACUUUCAAAGUUACAAGACCUGGGCGAGCUCCAGCUGCUCUACCAAGGCAUGCAGGAGGAGCAGAAGCAGCUGAUACAGAAUCAAGAAAAUGUGUUAAAAGAAGAGCUAGAGCUGCACAAAGAGCUGCUUCAUUUCAAAGAGUCUCAUUUCCAGGAAGUGUUGGAGAAUCCAGAAGGUUCCAAAUCACUUAAGUCCUCACAAUGUGGUCAAGACAAGUCCAGGAUGAUCGCCGUGCAGAUGCAGACUCUGCAGGACCUGUACGAGACCAGCCAGACCGAGCAGGAGCGACUGCAGCGGGAGCAGGGGAGGCUCCUAGAAGAGCGGAAGAGGCUGCAGGCUGAUUUGCAGCUCUGCCUGGAAGAAAUGAAGUUGCUCCAAGCCCAGUCCCCUUGUAUAAAAAUGAGCCUUGAGUCCUACAAGAAGAGCUAUGGUAGCAGCAUUGAUAACAGUGAGAGCUGUCACAAGAAUUACGGGAGCAUCCAGGCCAGCGAUGAGAACUUUCUCAGGAGCUAUGGCAGCAGCAGCAGUACCACUGAAACCUACAUGAAGAGUUACCGCAGCAGCAGCAGCAGCAGCAGCAUCGCUGAUAAGGCUUGUGAGAGCAGCAGUAGCUCUGACACCUGUUACAAGAGUUACGUUAGCAGCACAGACGAUGAACCUGCCGAGCCUGAAGAUUUAGAGCACUUUGCGGAUGUGGUUGCCAAGGUGCUGGUCAAGCUGCAGGGAGUGCAGGCCCUGUACCAGCUCAGCCAGGAGGAUCACGACCUGCUGCAAGAGCGGAUGAGGGUGCUCCUGGACCAGCAGAAGCAGCUGAAGGAAGAGCUGGAUGCCUGUGAAAAGGAAUUCAAGGAGUGCUGCACCGAGGGCCUUGAGAAGCCUGUUACCUCCCAAAAUGACAAGAAUGAGAUCAAAGAGCUGCAGAGCAAGCUGCGGGAGCUGCAGCUGCAGUACCAGGCCAGCAUGGACGAGCAGGGGCGGCUUUUAGCAGAGCAGGAGCAGUUGGAGGGGCAGCUGCAGUGCUGCCAGGAGGAGCUUCGCCAGCUCAAAGAGAAGAGGUCCUCUGUUACCAAGGGGAAAAAUGCCCAUAAGAACACCAACAAGAAUGCCAAUGGGGUUAAAAAUAAAAGGGUGGCCAAGCCAAGCCUGGAGAGUUCUGAGACCAACUGUGAGACCAGGCAGAGCCUGGAGGUAGUGCUGUACUACAGGGCCGGCCACACAGAUUCAGAUGACCCACCGAAAGAGGAGAAAGAGGAAUUGGAGGAGGAAAAGAGGGAGGAAACUGAAAAGGAACCGAAGGAGGAGACCUGGAAUGAACUAGUUUCUGAGCCCCCAGAUUCCAUAGCAGUGAAGUCCACAGAAGAUAAAGAGGAGGGAUUUGAAGAGUCCCAAGACCAAGAGGGAAAGGAAGAAGACAACCAAGAUGAAGAAGACAGCGACUCUUGCACUGAAGCUACAGAGGAAAACCCCCUCAAAAUUUCUGAGAGCAGAAAGCCAUCCCCUGCCCCCAGUCCCCCCAUCUUCUCCUUGCCUCUCGUAGGCCUGGUGGUCAUAUCGGCUUUGCUCUGGUGCUGGUGGGCUGAGACGUCGUCCUAAUGCAGGUGGCGGCUGAGCCUCUCAAGUGCCGUCUCUCCAGGCUCGGAACCGGCUCAUCGGUCCCUUAACAGACGAUCAUACAGCAAACUGUGCUGUCAUCCUACUCACUUCCUCAUACUCUCUCCAAGGACAUGGAGAACCUUGUCAAACACCUUGAUUAAGUCCAAAACAUGACUUUCUCGAUCUGUGUAUUUGUUUAUUUUACUUUUUUCAAAAAUUGAAUUUAUUGGAGGUGACAUCAGCUAAUAAAAUUAUACCGGUGUCAGGGGUAAUAGUCCUGUAACUCAUCACCUGUUGACGUGUCAAUUGUGUGACCCAGCUUGAAAGGAAAGCCUGACAUGACUUACCCCUUUGUGAUGCCCAGAUCAGCCCUUUACUCAGCCAGCCUGGAAUCUUGCCUCUGCCUGGUAUAAAGGGCGCCAGGUCACGUUUAUGGGUUUCAGCUCCUUCCUCCUUUAAGAACAUCAGACUGACAUUUUUAGCAAUGCA